CGGGCCGGAGCUGGAGACGGAGCCGGGCUGGGCUGAACUGGGCUGGGCACGGCGAAGCGUUCCGGCGGCGGGCACGGCAGCAGCGCAGCCCCUUCUCAGCCCAGAGCCCUGCCUGUCACCGCCGAAGGGACCUGCCGACCACCACCGCUCCCCGCAGCCUCCGGCCAUGAGGUCGGGCCGGAGAAACGGCACCUGUGCGGGGAGGUGAGCCGAGCCCCGGAGCCUUCCUCCUCCUCCCCGGGCAGCCAGGGCGGUGGGGAAGAGGAGGGGGUGGAGGAAGGGAAAGAGAUAUUCCUUUUUUAUUUUAUUUUUAAACCCAUCUCAAUCUUUUGCUGCGAUCCAUCCCGACCCCGCCAGCGAAGCCGCCGGAGGGAGGAGAAGUGCUGCGCGCUGUGAUGCGUCUUCCUCUCGCCUCGGCUGCCAGUUUGGAUUGUAGCGCCCGGCUCCGUGCUCUGCGAGGAUGGCUCGGUUUGGGGAUGAGCUGCCCACCCGCUAUGGAGGUGGAGGGCCGGCCGGGGCUGGAAGAGGGAGCAGCCGGCAAGGUGGCCCCCAGGCCGGCCAGAGGAUGUAUAAGCAGUCGAUGGCUCAGAGGGCCAGGACUAUGGCUCUCUACAACCCCAUCCCUGUCAAACAGAACUGCUUCACAGUCAACAGAUCCCUCUUCAUCUUCAGUGAAGAUAAUGUUAUACGGAAAUACGCCAAGAGAAUAACAGAAUGGCCUCCAUUUGAAUACAUGAUUUUAGCUACAAUCAUAGCCAAUUGUAUUGUGCUGGCUCUGGAGCAGCAUUUGCCGGAUGGAGACAAGACGCCGAUGUCAGAGAGACUGGAUGACACUGAGCCCUACUUUAUUGGAAUAUUUUGUUUUGAAGCUGGCAUAAAGAUCAUCGCUCUGGGGUUUGUUUUUCACAAAGGCUCUUACCUGCGCAACGGUUGGAACGUGAUGGAUUUUGUCGUGGUCCUCACAGGGAUUCUAGCAACUGCUGGGACUGACUUUGACCUGAGGACCCUGCGAGCCGUCCGAGUGCUGCGGCCGCUGAAGCUCGUGUCAGGAAUCCCAAGCUUGCAGGUUGUCCUCAAGUCCAUCAUGAAGGCGAUGGUGCCCCUGCUUCAGAUUGGGCUGCUGCUCUUCUUUGCCAUCGUCAUGUUUGCCAUCAUUGGGCUGGAGUUUUACAUGGGCAAGUUCCAUAAGACCUGCUUCUCCAACGAGACAGGUGAUGCUGUGGGAGAUUUUCCUUGUGGAGAGGAGCCUCCUGCCAGGCAAUGUGAGAGUGGGACCACCUGCAGGGAGUACUGGCAAGGGCCCAACUAUGGCAUCACCAACUUCGACAACAUCCUCUUUGCUGUGCUCACUGUCUUCCAGUGCAUCACCAUGGAGGGAUGGACUGACAUCCUCUACAACACAAAUGAUGCUGCAGGAAACACCUGGAACUGGCUUUACUUUAUCCCUCUCAUCAUCAUUGGCUCUUUCUUCAUGCUCAACUUGGUGCUGGGUGUCUUGUCAGGGGAGUUUGCCAAGGAGCGGGAGCGGGUGGAGAACCGCCGCGCCUUCCUGAAGCUGCGCCGCCAGCAGCAGAUCGAGAGGGAGCUCAACGGGUACCUGGAGUGGAUCUUCAAAGCAGAGGAGGUGAUGCUGGCGGAGGAAGACAAGAACGCAGAAGAGAAGUCUCCUCUGGACGGGAGGGCCGCCUCGGAAGGGCCGAUCCAGCACGGCACGGCGCCGGCAGAGACUAGCAGCGGCAGCAGCUACAACAUGUUGAAAAGAGCUGCAAUAAAGAAGAGCAAAAACGACCUGAUUCAUGCUGAAGAAGGUGAGGACCAUUUCACAGACAUUUGCUCCGUUGGGUCUCCUUUUGCCCGUGCCAGUCUGAAGAGUGGGAAGAACGAGAGCUCAUCCUACUUCAGGAGGAAAGAGAAAAUGUUCCGCUUCUUCAUCCGGCGCAUGGUGAAGGCUCAGAGCUUCUACUGGGUUGUCCUCUGCGUGGUGGCCCUCAACACCCUCUGCGUUGCCAUGGUGCACUACGACCAGCCAGAGAAGCUCACCACUGCCCUCUAUUUUGCAGAGUUUGUUUUCCUGGGUCUGUUCCUCACUGAGAUGUCUUUGAAGAUGUAUGGGCUGGGGCCAAGGAAUUACUUCCACUCUUCCUUCAACUGCUUUGACUUUGGGGUCAUUGUGGGAAGCAUAUUUGAAGUUAUCUGGGCUGCAGUGAAGCCAGGAACCUCCUUUGGCAUCAGCGUGCUGAGAGCGCUUCGGCUGCUGAGGAUAUUCAAAGUCACAAAGUACUGGAAUUCCCUGAGGAAUCUGGUGGUCUCCUUGCUGAACUCCAUGAAGUCCAUCAUCAGUUUGCUCUUCCUGCUGUUCCUGUUCAUUGUGGUGUUUGCUUUGCUGGGGAUGCAGCUCUUUGGAGGACAAUUCAACUUCCAAGAUGAAACACCAACCACCAAUUUUGAUACCUUCCCUGCUGCCAUCCUCACUGUGUUCCAGAUCCUGACGGGGGAGGACUGGAACGCGGUGAUGUACCACGGCAUCGAGUCGCAGGGUGGAGUCCACUCGGGGAUGUUCUCCUCCAUUUACUUCAUCGUCCUCACCUUGUUUGGUAACUAUACUCUCCUGAACGUCUUCUUGGCUAUCGCCGUUGACAACCUGGCAAACGCUCAAGAGCUGACCAAGGAUGAGGAGGAGAUGGAGGAAGCCACCAAUCAAAAGCUUGCCCUGCAAAAGGCCAAGGAAGUGGCAGAAGUCAGCCCCAUGUCCGCCGCCAACAUUUCCAUAGCCGCUUUUGUAAAGCAAACUCGAGGUGCUGUAUCUCGCAGCUCGUCAGUCUCCAGCGUUAAUUCACCACCCCAGGGAUGCUUGGCCUGGAUGGUCCAUCCUCGCCUCAGAAGGAUGCUCAAGCAGCAGAACUCCUCCAAAUCCAAGUCCGUUUGGGAGCAAAGGACCAGCCAGAUCCGGAUGCACAACUUCCGAGCCAGCUGCGAGGCUCUGUACAACGAGCUGGACCCGGAGGAGCGGGUCAGGUACGCCACCACCCUCCACAUCAGGCCGGACAUGAAGACGCAUCUGGAUCGGCCUCUGGUGGUAGAGCCGAGGAGCGAAGGGAGGAACAACAUCAGCAAGCUGAGCCCUGUGGACGUGCAGGAGGUGGAGCAGAGCAAAGGCAGCUCCGCCGAUGGGGCAGAAGCUCCGCGAAAGCAUCACCGGCACCGGGAGAAGGAGAAGGCGGCGGAGCAAGAGAAGGGUGACGGCACCAAGGAUGAGAACGGGGAGCCCGGAGCCAACAGCAGGGAGGAGAGGCACAGGCAGCACAGGAGCCGCAGCAAGGAGGUGGAAGGGGGCAGUAAGGAGGGGAAAAGCGAGCGCAGCCGGGGGCAGGACGGGGGCAAGAGGCACCACCGGCGGGGCUCGGUGGAAGAAGGAGCCGAGAAGGAGCACCGCAGGCAUCGGACUCACCGCCACGGGGCCGAGCGGCAAGGCAAGGAAGGCAACGGCAACGGCGGCAGGAGCGAGCGGCGCUCCCGGCACCGGGGAGGGUCGAGGUCCGGGAACCGGGAAGGAGAGCCCAGCUCCAAGGGCGAGAACGGAGAAGAGCCUCACAGACGGCACAGGCUGCGGAACCGGGCGCUGGCCACCUACGAGUCGGUGGAGAAGGAGAACGGGGAGAAGGAAGGGGAGGCUGGGGAGAAGGAGCACCGCAACCAUCAGCCCAAGGAGAACCAGUGUGAGAUCGAGGUCAGUGGCAGUGUGAGUGUCCCUGUGCACACCCUUCCCACCACCUACCUGCAGAAAGUGCCAGAGCAGCCAGAAGAUGCUGACAACCAGAAGAAUGUGACUCGGAUGAUUCAGCCCCCUCUGGACAAAACCACCACCGUGAACAUCCCUGUCACCAUCACAGCCCCACCAGGGGACACCACUGUCAUACCAAUGAACAAUGUGGACUUUGAAAGCAAAGCAGAGGAGAAGAAAGAUGUCGAUGACUUGACGAAAAACGGACCCAAGCCCAUCCUGCCUUACAGCUCCAUGUUCAUCCUGAGCCCUACAAACCCGAUCCGGCGUCUCUUCCACUACAUCGUCAACCUGCGCUACUUCGAGAUGGUCAUCCUCAUAGUCAUAGCCCUCAGCAGCAUUGCCCUGGCUGCAGAAGACCCUGUCCAAGCUGAGUCACCAAGGAAUGAUGCUCUGAAGUACCUGGAUUACAUUUUUACAGGAGUCUUUACCUUUGAGAUGGUGAUCAAGAUGAUCGACUUGGGGCUGUUACUCCACCCUGGCUCCUACUUCCGUGACCUCUGGAACAUCCUGGACUUCAUUGUGGUCAGUGGGGCCUUGGUGGCAUUUGCCUUCUCAGGAACCAAGGGCAAGGACAUCAACACGAUCAAGUCCCUGCGAGUCCUGCGGGUCCUGAGACCGCUGAAGACCAUUAAAAGGCUGCCAAAGCUAAAGGCUGUCUUUGACUGUGUGGUGAACUCCCUGAAGAACGUCCUCAAUAUCCUCAUCGUUUACAUGCUCUUCAUGUUCAUUUUUGCUGUCAUUGCUGUGCAGCUCUUCAAAGGCAGAUUCUUCUACUGCACAGAUGAGUCAAAGGAGCUGGAGAAGGACUGCAGGGGUCAGUACCUUGAUUAUGAAAAAGAUGAGGUGGAAGCACAGCCCAGGGAAUGGAAAAAGUAUGAGUUCCACUAUGACAACGUGCUCUGGGCUCUGCUCACGCUCUUCACCGUCUCCACGGGCGAAGGGUGGCCAACCGUGCUGAAGCACUCAGUGGAUGCCACCUACGAGGAACAGGGUCCCAGCCCUGGCUACCGAAUGGAAAUGUCUAUCUUUUACGUGGUCUAUUUUGUUGUCUUCCCUUUUUUCUUUGUCAACAUCUUUGUGGCUUUAAUCAUCAUCACCUUCCAAGAGCAAGGAGAUAAAGUGAUGUCAGAGUGCAGCCUGGAGAAGAACGAGAGGGCCUGCAUAGACUUCGCCAUAAGCGCCAAGCCUCUGACCCGCUACAUGCCUCAGAACAAGCAAUCCUUCCAGUACAAGAUGUGGAAGUUUGUGGUGUCCCCUCCCUUUGAGUACUUCAUCAUGGUCAUGAUUGCUCUCAACACCAUUGUCCUCAUGAUGAAGUUCUAUGAUGCUCCAGAAGCAUAUGAAGAGAUGUUGAAAUGCCUGAACAUUGUGUUUACAUCCAUGUUCUCAAUGGAGUGUGUGCUGAAGAUCAUUGCCUUUGGGGUGCUGAAUUAUUUCCGGGAUGCCUGGAAUGUCUUUGACUUUGUCACAGUGUUGGGAAGUAUUACUGAUAUUUUAGUAACAGAGAUUGCGGACAACUUCAUCAACCUCAGCUUCCUGAGGCUCUUCAGGGCAGCCAGGCUUAUCAAGCUCCUCCGCCAGGGUUACACAAUCCGCAUCUUGCUCUGGACCUUUGUGCAGUCGUUCAAGGCCUUGCCUUAUGUGUGUCUCCUCAUUGCAAUGCUCUUCUUCAUCUAUGCCAUUAUUGGCAUGCAGGUGUUUGGAAACAUUGCACUGGAUGAUGAAACCUCCAUCAAUCGGCACAAUAACUUCCGCACCUUCCUCCAAGCCCUGAUGCUUCUCUUCAGGAGUGCCACAGGGGAAGCCUGGCACGAGAUCAUGCUGUCAUGCCUGAGCAACAGAGCCUGCGACCCUCUCUCUGGCCUCACCAAGAAAGAAUGUGGCAGUGACUUUGCCUAUUUCUACUUCGUGUCCUUCAUCUUCCUCUGCUCCUUCCUGAUGUUAAACCUCUUCGUGGCAGUGAUCAUGGACAACUUUGAAUACCUGACCAGAGACUCCUCCAUCCUCGGGCCCCACCACCUGGACGAGUUUGUCCGCGUCUGGGCUGAGUACGACCCAGCUGCCUGCGGGCGCAUCAGUUACACAGACAUGUAUGAGAUGCUGAGACACAUGUCCCCACCUCUAGGCCUUGGAAAGAAAUGCCCUGCCCGCGUUGCCUAUAAGCGCCUGGUGCGGAUGAACAUGCCCAUCUCCCCCGAGGACCUGACCGUCCACUUCACCUCCACGCUGAUGGCCUUGAUCCGCACUGCCCUGGAAAUCAAACUGGCCUCAGGAGGUGUGAAACAGCACCAGUGUGAUGCUGAGCUGAGAAAGGAGAUCUCCCUGGUUUGGCCUAAUCUGUCCCAGAAGACUCUGGAUUUGCUGGUGCCUCCUCACAAACCUGACGAGAUGACAGUGGGGAAGGUCUACGCAGCACUGAUGAUAUUUGACUUCUACAAGCAGAACAAGAACAGCAGGGAACAAGUCCAACCCCCUGGGGGCCUCUGCCAGCCUGGGCCAGUGUCACUCUUCCACCCUCUGAAGGCCACUUUGGAGCAGACCCAGCCCACGGCGUUCAACAACGCCAAAGCCUUCCUGCGGCAGAAGAGCUCAGCCUCCCUCAACAACGGGGGGGCCCUACCAGCCCCAGAGGGUGGAAUCAAAGAGUCCAGUUCCUGGGGGACCCAACGCACCCAGGAUGUGUUUUAUGAAACCAGGACACCAGCUUUUGAGCGAGGCCACUCCGAAGAAAUCCCCAUUGAGAGGGUGGUAGAAAUGAAGGAAAUCAGCCCCACAGUUGCCAAUGGAGAGCACCAACCAGGCCUGGAGAGCCAGGGGCGGGCAGCCUCCAUGCCACGCCUGGCUGCCGAAACUCAGCCCGUCCCGGACAGCAGCCCCAUGAAGCGCUCGGUCUCCACGCUGGCCCCGCAGCGGCCUCACGCCAUGCACCUCUACGAGUACUCCUUGGAGCGAGUGCCGCCGGAGCAGGGGCACCACCACCACCACCACCGCUGCCACCGGCGCAAGGAGAAGAAGCAGAAGUCCUUGGAGAAGGCUUCCCAUCAGCUGGCCGACGGAGAGGCUGUGGCCCACCCUGGCGAGUCUUCUUCCAAGGACAAGAAGCAGGAGCGUGGCCGUUCCCAAGAGAGGAAGCAGCACUCUUCUUCCUCCUCCGAGAAGCAGCGCUUCUACUCCUGCGACCGCUACGGCAGCCGGGACCGUGCCCAGGCCAAGUCUACUGAGCAGAGCAGGCCAACCUCACCCAAUGGAGGGCCAGAGCAUGGUCCACACAGACAGAGCUGUUUGUGCACUAAACCCCCCCGUAGGUGUCUGAGCUGCUCCCACCCAGCCCAGGGCAGUGGUUCAGUUAAUGGGAGCCCCUUGCUGUCGACAUCUGGUGCUAGUACCCCAUGCCGGGGUCGGAGGCAGCUCCCACAGACUCCACUGACCCCACGUCCCAGCAUCACUUACAAGACCGCUAACUCCUCGCCCGUGCACUUCAGCAGUUUCCAACCCGGCCUGCCCAGCUUCUCCCCGGGACGCCUGAGCCGAGGGCUGUCCGAGCACAACGCGCUGCUGCGGGGGGACCAGCAGCCGCCCGCCCCGCCGGUGGCUCGCAUCGGCUCCGACCCUUACCUGGGCCACCGCGACGGCGACGACGCCGACAGCCCCUACGGCGCGGUGCCGGAGGACACCCUCACCUUCGAGGAGGCGGUGGCCACCAACUCGGGACGGUCCUCAAGGACUUCUUACGUCUCCUCCCUGACCUCCCAGUCUCACCAAAUCCGCAGGGUGCCCAACGGCUACCAUUACACGCUGGGGCUCAACACGGGCCCCGGGACUGGCACCAGAGGACGUAGUUACUACCACGAAGCCGACGAGGAUGACUGGUGCUAGCGGCACGGCGGAGCCCUCCCAGGCCAGCGCGCUUAAAAUCGAUGAGUUUUAUCAUCUGCAAGGCUGCGGUUGCCAGCUGGGGGCCAGAGGGAGCCCAUGGGGCAGCCCCCACCAAGAGAACUCUGCUGUGCCCCCCCCCCCCGUGCCAGAGACACUCCUGCAGCCUCUCUCUUCUCUCGGUUUCCUUUUCCGUUUCUUUUCUUUGUUGGUUUGGGGUUGGUUUUGGUUUUUUUUUGCACUAGGCAAACGGAGGAAUAAGACUUUCUCCUUAGGGGGAAGGCAGUGUCGGGAGCAACCCCCCCCCCCCCCUUCUCCCUCCCCCUUGUCCACCUCCCUACCGCCUUGCCUAGUUCAAAGACAGGCAGCAGGCGCCAAGCUUGCGAUGCGCCGAGCGAAGAGCGGCGGCGGAUGAAGCAGACUGUCCACCCUGCCUGAGAUUGGCACUGUUUGCUUGGGCUAUUCCUUCAUCAAUUUAGCCUUUUUUUUCUUUUUAAUUAUCAUUAUAUUUUGUUGCCCUCCUCCUCUGGUCAGGGCAGGAGUCAAGGGGCUGCAAACGGACACGGGAUGAACAGAGAUGGCAUCCGCCUCUUAUCCCCUUUCACCGCUCGGAAAGCAGAGAUCCACUCACGCAACCGGGAGAGGAGCAACGCAGCCCAGAACAAAGGACGGUCCCUUGGGACUUGAUGUUCAGCCACUUCAAUCCUUCUUUGGUUUAGGUUUGGGUGUUUGGGUUCUUUUUUUUUUUUCUCCUGUUGGUGGAGCCAGCAACAUCCCUCCCCGAGCUGGCCGAGCGCUCCAGCAGCCAGGACUCUGCUCGGACCCCGCUGCUGCGUGGAUCUCUUUUCUUUUCCUCACCACUGUCGAGUCCUUCACACCGACACACGACAAAGCCACAAGAGAGCUACUUUGUAAGGACUGUUUCCUUGCUGCUGAGACUUUUUCUUUCCAUCCCUCCCUCCUGUCGACCGCAACACAACCCUCACUGUUUUGUCUUGUUUACAAUAUAAGCUUGAUUUAGCAAAAAAAAAAAACAAAAAACAAACCAACAAAACAACUUAAAAAAGGAGAAAAAAAAAAAACCAACAACAACAAAAUAAAAAGAAUCCAGAAACACAAAGCAAAAGAAAAAGCAUAGGGGUUGAGAAGAAGAAACGUUCUUGGUUUUAUAUCAAGCUAUUAGAUAGAACUUUAACUUUUCAUUGUGUGAGGUUUUUUUGUAACUUGUACAGUUAAAAGGAAAAAAAAAAAGGAAAAAAAAAGAAAAAAAAAGGAGAGAAAAAGAAAAAAAAAAGUUAAUUUACUCUUUCUGUAGAGAAUUAGUCCAACUGUCAUUCCAGGUCCCACUGUUUCUACAGAAUGCUCCAGUUGUUCACUACUAAGUGCCUAACCUUUGAAAUCUUUCACAGCGCCGAUGCAACCUCUUGCUUCGAUGCAUCAGACCUUGGGUGAGCGCAGGGAGGGGAGGGAAGGGUGAGCAGAGCCAGGAGGAGCCUCUCUGCCCCGAGAACCAGCUUGGAAGCUUCCAGUGAGGAAGGCAAAAUACACUUUGGGGGUUGGUUUUGGAGGCUUUUGGGGUUUUGUUGGCUGCUUUUGUUAUUCAUUUGGUUGGGUUUCGUUUCUUCUUCUUUUGUUGUUGUUUUUCUUUAGGGUUGGGUUGGGUUUGUCUUCAGCUAGACUUUAAUUGAUGGGAGGGGAGGAAUUGCAGCGAGCAAACCAUCCCCCCCGGCCUUAUCUUGUUGAGCGGUGGUUAGGUCCUGCAGGAGAGAUGCAGGUGGAAAAGCAGAGCGUCUGCAGAGAUGCUCUUGCAGAGGAAGUGGUUAGGUCCUGCAGGAGAGAUGCAGGUGGAAAAGCAGAGCGUCUGCAGAGAUGCUCUUGCAGAGGAAGUGGUUAGGUCCUGCAGGAGAGAUGCAGGUGGAAAAGCAGAGCGUCUGCAGAGAUGCUCUUGCAGAGGAAGCGGUUAGGUCCUGCAGGAGAGAUGCAGGUGGAAAAGCAGAGCGUCUGCAGAGAUGCUCUUGCAGAGGAAGUGGUUAGGUCCUGCAGGAGAGAUGCAGGUGGAAAAGCAGAGCGUCUGCAGAGAUGCUCUUGCAGAGGAAGUGGUUAGGUCCUGCAGGAGAGAUGCAGGUGGAAAAGCAGAGCGUCUGCAGAGAUGCUCUUGCAGAGGAAGUGGUUAGGUCCUGCAGGAGAGAUGCAGGUGGAAAAGCAGAGCGUCUGCAGAGAUGCUCUUGCAGAGGAAAUGGUUAGGUCCUGCAGGAGAGAUGCAGGUGGAAAAGCAGAGCGUCUGCAGAGAUGCUCUUGCAGAGGAAGUGGUUAGGUCCUGCAGGAGAGAUGCAGGUGGAAAAGCAGAGCGUCUGCAGAGAUGCUCUUGCAGAGGAAGUGGUUAGGUCCUGCAGGAGAGAUGCAGGUGGAAAAGCAGAGCGUCUGCAGAGAUGCUCUUGCAGAGGAAGUGGCUUCCACGCCUCCUGUCGAGCUGCAGAGAGCUCUGGCCACGGUCAGAGGGCAGUUGGAGAGAGUCUUGGUCUUAUUGCCUGUUAAGAGAAGGUUAAAAAUAAUUGAUAAUAAUAAUAAUAAUAGUUAAUAUAUAAUAAUUAUAAUAAUAAUUAUAAUAAUAAGCAAAACCUCUAACUCUGAUUCUCAGGGAUGAGAUUUCUGUGUCCUUGCGUUGGGCAGUUCCUUUCUUUUGUGUGUGGAUUUCUGCACUUGGAGCCUGGGCAAGGGGCAAAUGCGAUAAUGCUGCUGGGGAUGGAGGGCUGAAGGAAAUGCCCAGGCGUGGACCUUGCACCCGUGGCACUGGAGAACCACUGUAGGGCUAAGUGGGGACACAGGGGGGCCAGAGGAUGCUGAUAGGUGGUUAAAGGAGGAAGGAUGGCAGGUGCCAGAGGAGCGCUGCUGAUAGGAAGGAGAGAAGGGUUGGACAAGACCAAUUUUUUUAACCAAGGAUCUACCAAGCCCCAGAACUGUGAAACUUCUCCUGUUGCUUAGGACAGGUAGAGACCCUGAUGGACCCUGGUGAUUGGCUUUGUCACUGGGGGGGGGGGGUGGUUGGAGGCUAUCAGAUGCUACCAAAAUGCUCAGGAGGUCUUUUGUACUCUCAGCAAAAGGCUUGCAGCCUCAGGCGGGGAGCAGUCUGCUGUAGGAUCGUCCUUCACGUCUCCUGUAGCUCUUCUGUUGAGGAAAUUCAACCUGGUUUUGUUUCCUCCUGUGUCGUUUUUAUGUUCUCUGUUCCGUUACUAAAUAACAGGCUCUGGCCAAUCUCAUCCCUGGGUUCUGCUGAAGGGUGACUGCUGUGGCUAUCUCUGUCUCUGUAUUUGUGUGCACUCUGAAUAAAGGAGGCAUGGUCCCCACCAGAGGUGGUGGCUAUGACCAGCCAAAGGAGGGCUAUGCAACGAGA